AAGAAUUCUUGGACUAUGCUUAGAUACGUUGUUUCCCCACCACGGCCAUUCACCAGCAGGCCAGACAAUGGCAGCUAAUGCGCCCGCACGCCAACAUUUCUAUUGCAUUACCUUCAUUCUCGACACCACUCAACUUUGGAAACCUCGAACCUCCAGGAUCUCCAAUAUCAAUACCUUAAUCAGAGGCUCAUCGACGAUGACGGCCGGAUGUUUCGAAUCGAUCGCGGAGCGCCAGCGCCUCACCUUGAAGUUCUACCACCAACCAUCCGAAAGCCCACACUGGAAUGCAUGGAACAUCCACACCGACACCGCCAUCAAAGAGGCAGUAAAAGAGAUAUUGGACGACUACGCGCUGUCAUCAUGUACAGUCAUCGCCUUCGGGAGCUGCAUGAGCAGGGGCGGAAGAGGAUGGCUGUGUUUUGGAGCUGGAGGAAGGAGAUGCAGAACUCCGUGGCGAAAAGGAGUAUGGAGGUGAUAGAGGCUUGCGAGGCGACGAUUGCAUAUCUAGAGGAUGAGUUUGCGAAUCGAAAGAUCGAUUUUGCGACGGAGUUGUAUGCGGUGCUCGUCGAACGCGAUCGGGCCACGGCGGAUGCUGUGUUGGAUGACCUGGUGAGGGCUUUUCCGUGGACGAAGGAUGCCGUGGUGGCGAACUUGAGGGACGGGGUGAUAGACUAUUCUGGAUUGAAGCAGGUGAGUAAGUAGUGGAUUGUCGUUAACUAGUCUCUAUUCAAUGUCGAGUGGCUAAUAUGCCCCCAGC